AUGGACACCUUCCCUCUGCUGCUACUUGGCUUGGGUUUGGUUUUUGCAGGAGUUUUGGAAAGCAUAAUGGAGAUAAUUAAAGAAGAAUUUUUAGAGGAAGCGAUGCAAUAUUACAUGGCAAAAAGUGACCAGGAAAAACAGACCAUUGAGGUAUUAAUACAUUUGACUCUGUUAUAUAAAAAUACCAGCCUCAGCAUGUCCAAAGAUAUUAUGUCUUCCUCAUAACUGACAUUCAGAAGAUUACAUUACAGCUUCCCCUCCAAAAGCAGUCCAGGUAAAAAAAAAUACUGCAAUGACAUGACACUGUGGAGAAAAAUUUCAGAAGCUAAUGAGCCAUUCACGUUGAGCAAUAACUUCAUCCAUGCCUCCAUGGAAGUUGUCGACGGGGUCCCCAAGGCCCCCAGAUGCAAGUGUGGACAGAAUCCUGGCAUAAGCUGCUCUGAGAGCCCAGAACUGGGGACCACUACAUGCCAGUUCACUAUGGGCAAACAAUUCCCCAGUUGCCAAUACCACAGUGUUACCUCAUUAAAGAAAAAAUUCUGA